AUGGGUCGUAUGUAAAUGAAAGGAAAAGGAAAAGGUAUUUCAGGAUCUGCAUUACCUUACAAAAGAAAAGCACCUAAAUGGCUUCAUAUGAGUCCUUCUUCUGUUGUUGAAUUAGCUGUUAAGUUAGCUAAAAAAGGUUUGACUCCUUCUUAAAUUGGUGUUGUCCUUAGAGAUUAACAUGGUAUUCCAUAAGUUAGAUUUUUAACUGGAUAAAAAAUUUUAAGAGUUUUAAAGAAAAAUGGAUGCGCACCUUAAAUUCCUGAAGAUCUUCAUUGUUUAAUCAAAAAAGCAGUUGCUAUCAGAAAACACUUAGAAAAAAAUAGAAAAGACAAAGACUCUAAAUUCAGAAUUAUUCUUAUUGAAUCGAGAAUACACAGAUUAGUAAGAUAUUAUAAACUUAAUUAAAAAUUAGCUCCAACUUUCAAAUAUAAUCCUUAAACUGCUUCAGCUUUAGUAUAAUGA